AUGAUGUAAGCGGAUCGUAUUUCGGUUUAUACUUCUCAUCGAAGAUCGUAUGCUGAAUCCUUUAGUUAUUUAAUUACAUUGAUUAAUUAUCAACGGAAUUAACAUACGAAUCUCCAUACCUUACACCACAUUCACGUGACUUAAUUCAAUAUGGUUUUGAAUAAAAAGAUAUAGUUGGCACUGGCGGAAAGCAUUUCAUAGUUUUUUUUCUGGUGCAGUACUGUACAAUUGAAAAAAAGAAAUUACGUAGAAAUGUACACAAAUAUCACACAUUUACUGUGCUAGGGUUAAACAAUGAUGCUUAUCACGUCUUUUUACCACACACACGGAGAGAGAGAGAGAGAGAGAGAGAGAGACAUGGUAAGGUAAAAGACACAACGACUCUUGUGGGGCCAUCCCUGGCAACGGGGUCAGGGGAGGGGGGCGGGCGGUGAACCGUGGCUGUGCGCGUGUCUGAACAGUCAGUCUCCCUCCACCUCCCCUAGGGGAGCACCCAAUAGGAGUCCCUCGCUCUUCCAGGCUAGCGAGAUGAUGAAGCCAGUGUGUGUUUGAUUUGUAGUGGAGCAGGAUUUGACUACAUUCUCCUCGGCCGCUUGUUGUUUCACGUUUCAGUGGUCCUUCGUAUUUUAACAUUUGUUACCGGAUGCACUUAGCCUAGAAACAGCACCGCCUCAUGUUGUCUCCAUGUGUCCCACUGAGGAGUGUUAUGUCCGUCUUUCUUCCUCACAAGCUGGGUUUUCUGCAGACCUUUUACAUGGUAGUUUAGGGGGGUCGUGGAAUGAUGUGAUUUAUCCACCCCAAGAGAAGAAAAGGCAGCAAACAUUCGGCCCCAAUUCAGCGUGAUCAAUCGAUGGUGUACAAGUGUCAUCGUUUGCCAAGAGGGAAUGUUUACCGUAAACCCACGACCACAGAUGAUGAAUGAUGCAAAGAAAUCAAGUAGUGUCUCUGAGGUAAAGUGAAGUAUUUUUGAUAAGUGUUGAUAGAGGUAGCGUACACUUUCCUGUGAUAAAUCGAGAGAUAUAUGAAUUAGAUUAUUUAGUGGCAAGUUUGUUGUGUGCCAGCAAUUAAAGCCCCAGCUACUGUUGAAGGGAACAGAAGUCCGGGCAACUCUUUGCCGAUCGAUUUGUUUUUAGCCUAUUAUCGACCUCGGCAGAAGGGCCUGAACCUUCCCCUCACCAGAUCUGCAGACUGGAGGUUUUAAUGGUUGUGUGCAAAUAGCUCUCCGACUUAGCGCUAAUGAUCUCCCACUGAAAAUUUCCCUCCAUAUUCUGUCCAGAAUUAGACGAACUAGCAACCGAAACGUUUCAUCAGUGAUGCUAAAUGCGUUUAUCCCCUGCAUCGGAUGAUGCCUUCGUUGCGCGUGUCUGUUUAUCAACUUCAAACUCUCCUUCGUUAUUAAAGCGUCAAAUCCAGUUGAAGUUUCGAGAGGAUCCAGCCCUCAAUUUUACAUAAACGUCCGAUGCAAGGUUCACUGCCCGCCCUUCACCCCUAGCACCCAGCCAUCCCCAUACAGCGCGGAGGUGGAUGUGGCGAGCUGACUGGAGUGUCUCGUCUGUUCGUGAAUUUGUUCGAGUGUCCGUGUCCUAACGGCCCCUUUCCUCCCGUCGGGGGUGGGGGAAGAGGAGUUGCCAACAACAAUAUUUGCUUUGCAUGGGGAAAAAUGAACUUUGGUGGAUCAAAGCGUAACAUUUGCCCUAAAUUUCACACAUUUGUCAUUUUAUAUUCCCCGCGAAUUUGAUAGGUGACGAGAACCUUGCGAAUUACAUUGAAAAAUCGCAGCUAGACGUGCAGUGUGUGGCAUCUGUGACGUCAUUAUACCCACGUGUGUUGACAUCGACGUCACCGGGACACAUGUUUUCUAACAUUUAAAAAGUUCUGGUGUUUCUUGUGGCACUGGGGCGUAGCAUAGUUUGCCUCACAUCUGGAGAUGGCACAGGGACAAGUCAGGUUGAGUGGAUGGAGCAUGGUCGGCAGGUCUCAGGACGUCCUUCGGAGGAGUGCCAGGUUCAGGGCGUCCCGGCAUGGCACCGGAGGGCCUCACCAGUGGACUUCUCAGUCUCUCGUGCGGGUCGUCUUGCCAACCAAAGUCCCCUCUGGCGUCGCCAUGUGGUCGUCGGUUGUCGGGGGCAUCGGGGGAGGGGGAGGAGGAGAGAUGCCAGGGGCACGGCAUAAGCAUGCAGUCUGUGUGGACCAACCGAACGUUUACUUACUCGGGGGACGACAUGGCAACCUUCCGCUGAAGGACUUCUGGGUGUACGAUCUGGUGACCAGAACGUGGCGGGAAGUCCGGGAUGACACCGGAUGUCGACCGCCAUCUUUGCAACAGCACACCAUGAUGGCGGCUGGGGACAAGCUCUUCGUGUUCGGGGGAGAACUUUGUAUGUCCAACGAGACCCCGCUGUGGAUAUACCACCCUAAGACGCGAGCAUGGCGGAAAUGGCGUUGGGCAGGGGGAGGCCGAGGUCCUCCCCCGAUUGUUGGUGGCGGAGGGCGUUCAGGAGGGGGGGCGGGGGCGGCGGGCCCCACGGGCAGGAGGGCCCACACGGCUGUGAUCGCGGGGGAGUCCAUGAUCAUCUACGGUGGCUACCAAGACCUGAGGGGGUCCUCCGCCGAACUGUGGAGUUUUAAUCUAAAGGACGAAACCUGGACGCAGCUAUCCUCCAGAGGGGAGCAGCCCGCCGCCCGUCACGCCCACUCGGCCGUCCUGCACGACAAUCAGAUGUGGGUGUACGGCGGCAUGACCGACCUUCAGGAGCGGAACGACUUUUGGCGGUUUGAUACAGUGGGCCGCACCUGGACCCAGAUGCGUUCGAGACCGUCCCCUGGGUACCUGCAUUCGCACGUCGCUGCCAAACUGCAUUCGUCGAUGAUCGUCUUCGGCGGAGAGCGACAGGGAGAGAUCCUCAACGACCUCUGGCGGUAUUACUUCGUUACUGGUACGUGGGAGCGGCUGAUGCCAUCCGGAAUCAAGCCCCAGCCGAGAUCGCAGUUCUGCGCCUUCAUUGCUCCAUCUCACCAUAUCAAAGGCCCCCGUUUCCAUUCGCCCCAUUCGUCCUCUGUAGGGGGAGGAUCGUCCUCGAGCGCCAGCAGUAGCAGCGGCUACCACAGUCGCGACUCUUACCGGACGCGAAGAAUCCACCCAGAUGACCCCGGUGUCAAAGGGAGCGGCAGCAGCAGUAGCAACGGUAACAGAGCUUUAGAGGGGCAGCUGUGUGGCGAAUAUCAGCCGGUGGCGUGCGCUUGUCACGAGUGCAGAGGACCAGACGACGAAGAUGAGGAAGAGUUGGACCCUAGUCGCCUUAGAUCUCUUAUCCAGAGAAACUGUUCUCACGCUCCCACUGCCCAUCUCAAGUUAUCUAUAUCAAAAAUAUCGCAGUUAAACCUCUCUCAUCUUGGACGUUAUUAUAGUUACAGUAUGCUUAGCAAUGAUAGUACAGAAAGUAUAGUCGAAGAGUCUUUAGCAAGUACGUGUGAUAGCGUCGGUAGUAAGAUCGUGAAAUCCCAGAGUAUUCACGUCAUGAAAAAGGACAAGUGUGACCCUGGGAAGGCGCGGUCGGGUAUGACGCGAGACAUUGUUUCUGUGCCAAACUUCGGUGAUGUUGCUGAGGACGACUAUGACGACAAGCCGGUGGCCUCACAAAUGCCUAUCAAUCACGUUAAGGUCAUCACUGUUCUGCCAGCCGAGGGAACGGCGGAGGCCAGCUUAGAGGAUGAUCCGAGUGAUGUCGUUGCUGACAUAAAGGGUCGGUUGGCUUUCAAUCAUGAGGAUACUCUGCAGUCCACUGAUACUAGUAUUAGCGAAAACCUUAUGUCAUUUUCAUGCACCACAGAUAGCAAUCAGAGUAGUAAUACUAAUAUUUUCGGUGCGUAUAAUUACAAUAUGAUAGGUGUGAACAGCUUUGCCAAUCCUAAUUACGUUGGUUUCGAUCCUGGCCAAGACAACAACGGCGGCCUCCUCAGUCAGGAUUAUUGGAGAACUGGGGCGCUUGACCUCGAGAGCGCUCGUCACAAAGAGUUUGCAGAAAUGCUGCGGACGCCUCCAGAUUCUGGGAUAGGCCUCGGAGUGGAAAUGGAACGCAGGACGCCCCUUGAUCUCACAAUGGCCACUUUGGAAGAUUUUGUGACAUUUGACAAUCAGACUGCUCGGUUCAGUAAGACACACGUUGAUGCUCAGCACCAACCUGCGGAUGGAAUCCAUUCCAAGAACCGUCUUGAUCCUGAAGGUGGAGUAGUAUCCGUGGUCGAAGUAGGAGAAACAGGUGUCGGGGUAACGGGAGGAGGAGGUGGCGGGGGCGGAGGAGCGGAAGGAAGAAAAGGAGGCCUAGGCUCCUCAUCAACGACAGAAGCCACCCAGAAACCCAGCUCAACCAGUAAAGUCACAUUUUCUUCCAGUCAUAUGCCAGGGUUCGAGAAUUCUGGAAACGCUUCUGGGAACUCGAGGGAAGGAGGAGGUCCUGCCGGACAUACUCCUUCUUCCACCCCUCCCCCUCCGACACGAAUUAAUCCGUUUAUGAAAGACGAGUCAACUUACGAACCCAAUGCGCCCAAUGCCAUGUACGUUAUUGGGGGUAAAGAGGCUGAUCAUAUGACAGCAUUCAAACGCCCCAUUUCAGUAUGGAAGUUAGAUUUGCAUUUCUAGGUAGAGAAACCCAUCCAACAAAAUUGUGGACCACACAGCUAGCGAACAAACGUUGUCUCUUCUAAUCACAUUGAGAGAAAGAGCGAGUGAGUGUUACAUUUUGUACAAAGUGCAUAUGAAGAAUCACAUGUUUUAUUUCCUGUGUAAGUUUUGAUUGGAUAUUAUAUUUUCUCACCAUAGGUAAUAGGGUCCCAGGGAGGGGACCAAGUAGUGGCCAUUGUCAUCCUCAUUGUCUCACCGUCGUCAUGAUCAUUCGCGCCGUCAUCAUCCUCACCAAUAUCGUAAUCGUUGUCGUUAUCAUAGUCAUCAUCAAUCAGAGUCCAUUGCCACGAAUUUCACCUUCCUUGCAGCAGCAACCCCUUCGUGUAAGGAUUGUAUCUGUCCAUACAUCCCGUCCUACGUACUCAGUAUGCCACAGAAGCUUUCAUCUCGUUUAGUAUGGAAAUGAGUUUGGGGAUGCAGCAGAUAGGACAAUAUUAAGGAUGUAUUUUCAUAGUGAAUUAGCUUUAAGAGGUUCCACUUGAUUACACGGUUGGCCAAGUAGUCUGUAACUCGACUUGUAUCAGUAUUAUCGACCUCAGAUUCCUUACUCUAAACUAAAGAAUCACUUGUUCAUUCCAGUCAUCACCGGAGAUUAUUUACUUUAAUAUAGAUAUUUGCUCAUAUAUGGUAAUAUAUAUUUGCAAAAAUACAUCAGAUGCUACAUGAUAUAUAUGUAUACUUACAUACUUAUACAGUUGUACCCCCCCUCUUUAACGAGAAUUCACAAGCUAUGUGUUCACUAAACUAAAAUGGGUAUGAUUGUCGAAGAAGAAAAGUUCCAAAGGAAGAUCGUUCUUGGAUUUUUUCCUUUCAAACAAGCGUCUGUAAACACUUUCGUUUAAA